UCGCGGCGCUAUUUCUUUCUCUGCCUGGUGCGCGAGAGGGAUCGUGGGUAGGUCGAGCGCGUUCGGGAUCGGAUCGAAGAAAAAUGGCGGGAGCCGGCAAGAGGGUGGCGAAGGAACUUGAUAUCAUUAAGAAAUUAGGGUUAAGAUGCUUUCGGGACAUUCAAGCAGAUGUGACCAAUAUUCUCCUUUGGAAAGGACUUUUAAUGCCGGAUAAUCCUCCAUACAAUAAAGGGGCCUUCUGGAUUGAGAUAAGUUUUCCAUGUGAGUAUCCACUCAGGCCUCCUACAAUAAGGUUCAAAACCCAGAUCUACCACCCCAAUGUGGAUAAGAAGGGUAAAUGCUGCCUGCCAAUCAUCAGCGAAAAGAACUGGGAGCCUUAUACAAGGAUAGAGCAAGUAAUUUAUGCCUUGAUAGAGCUGGUAAAUAAGCCUGACAUAGACCACCCAGUGAACCUAGAAGUGGCCAAGGAGUUCAAGGAAGAACAUGAGAGAUUCCUGUUACAGGCUGAAGAUCACACCUGCAAAUUCAGUGAGAAGCGGCCAUGCGAGUGACCUGUGCUCACCGAUUGGAGUCUACCUUAUAUAAUUUUUAGCCUCAAAAGUCUUUGUUUACCAAUGGGAUGGUAGAGAAGAAGGACCAGACAAAAAAUAUGCAUGAUGUAAAUUUGGACUUUUCAGAGUAAAUGAAAAAGGGGGAUGGGAGGGGGGAAAAGAAAGAAGACAGUAAGAAUAAGUGUACAAUUAUGAUGAUAAUACUGAUAGAACAAAUCUGAAAAGAAAUUGAAAGUUUAUACUAUUAGAAUACAGGAGUUGUUCAGAUACCAAAAAAGGAGAAUAUUCCACAGCAAAGAAGAUAGGAAGGAGAGAGGAGUAGAGGGUAGGAAGAGGAGAGGGAGGGAGAGGAAUGGAAGAAAGGGAAAAGGAGAGGAAGGAAGGGUAGGGAAUAGAAGUAGGAGAGAAGGUGAGUAGAGGGAAAAGAAGAGAGGAGUGGGGAAAGGAAGGGGAAGUAGGAUGAGGGAGGAGAAGAGGGAGGGAAGGGAAAGAGGAGAAGAAGAAGAAGGGUUGUUGCGAAAUGAGGGAAGAAAGGGUAGAAGAGCAACUCCGAAUGUAAUUAAAAUGCCUUAUUUUAAUGCUUUCUUUAAGGAAACAUAUAUGUAGGAUUAAUUAUGUAUAAGAAAAUGUACAUUUUAUAUUAUGUGUAUAAGAAAUAAAACUGAAAAAAAUUUCCAAAAGAAAAAAAAAGAAAGAAAGAAAAUUUGGACUUUUCUGAGUUUAAAGCCAGAACUACUCAUUUGGGGAACAAAUGAGUAGUUAACUGUCGGUAUUGGAUUUCAAUAAAUUUCAUAUUGAACUGAAGAGAGAACAUAAUUUUCUAAAACAGAAUAAUAUUUUCCCUCAAAAGAACAGAACAAAUUAGAACAUUUGCAAAGUUACAGGAGUACAUCAUAGGAAUAAAGUUAGAAUUCCACAGAGAAAAAGUACUGAGUUUUCUGUUUUCCAAAUACUUCCCAAGCAAAGAAUGAUUUAUCAGGAACAGGAACAGACCAAUAGGAAUACUUCUGGAAAAAAGAAUAUUGCAUUUGAUGCUUUGUUGCAUGCUAUUCCCUUGCUAGUAUAUCUUGCCUUGAAUGAAGAAAAUAAACACAUUCUUAAUUCUUUUUAAUUUGCUCUUCUUCAUAUAACUUUCCAUUUUCAUAGUGAUUCCUGUAAUACUUCAGGAUUGUUUCCAAAUCUUUCCUUUUCAAUACCAAGUUUAAUUUAUUUAAUAUAUUGUAGUGUUUCUCUUUUUUCUUAAACCUUAGCAAUUGCACAGGCUGUGUUGCUUUUUAACUUUCCUCCUGCCACCAUGAAAGUAUACGUUGAGCUGACUUUCUGUUCUGUAAUAAAUGUACGUUAUAAUAUAUUAUAAAGAAUGAUACAUUACUACAUUACA